CCCUCUAGCGGCCGUGGUGGGGUGUUGCAGGUAGCCGCGAUCCCCGGGGCAAAUGGCGGGCGUGAAGGAGGAAACGGCUUGUGUUCGCAAUGUGAUGGCGACGGGCGGAAAGUCCGGAGACAAGAUGUUUACGCUGAAGAAGUGGAACGCCGUGGCCAUGUGGAGCUGGGACGUGGAGUGCGACACCUGCGCCAUUUGCCGGGUGCAGGUGAUGGAUGCAUGUCUUCGAUGUCAAGCUGAAAACAAACAAGAGGAUUGUGUUGUGGUUUGGGGAGAAUGUAACCACUCCUUCCACAACUGCUGCAUGUCGCUGUGGGUAAAACAGAACAAUCGCUGCCCUCUUUGCCAGCAGGACUGGGUGGUGCAGAGAAUCGGAAAAUAGUGCUGCACCCUUUCACUGCCACUUUAUGGGCGCAGAUUGACAUGUUCAAUAUGGUGGUGUUCAGUUUGCUAUUUGAAAGGGAACAUUUUAACAGUGGCCCCUCCUUCCCCUUAGCCCUUGUACAAUGAUCUGCCUGUAUUAAAUAAAUCAUAUGCCACUGGGUAUGACUUGUAUAUAUUUAUUAAAAAGUUGGAGAGUAA